GUUGUGCACGUAGUAAAACAUGGUUGUGUCCUUAGCACUAUUCAAAAUAAAAGCUUCCGCCUGAAAUGCGCACAAACACCACAUGCACAUGCAGUUGCUGCCCCGCACAUAGCGAUGGCGCGAACAGUCACUGCCGAGCAGCUUUCAAAUGGUUACAAGCUGGCAUUCUCGCCAGUCUACAGGAUUGAUCCAAAGACAGUCGUCAAGACAUGCACUCGCAUGGCAGAAGCCGAGACCAUGAGAUUCAUCCGUGCCAACACCUCGAUCCCUGUCCCAGAAGUUCAGAAUGCUUACCUCGACGAUGAAACCGGCCAAGUCGUCAUUGUUAUGGAUUUUGUGGAAGGCAGAACUCUCAAAGGCGCGUGGGCUGACUAUACCGAGGCGGAACGAGAAUCGGUCAUCUCCCAGCUCCGCGGCUAUAUGGCUCAGCUCCGCCGCUUCAAGGGCGACUUCAUCGGCUGCAUCGACGGUUCUGCAUGCAAUGACCAGUACUUUUGUGAGGAUCCAGAAGGGUAUGGACCCUACAAAACCGAGCAAGACUUCAACGAGGGCAUUGUGAAAGCGAUGAGAAAGGACAACAAGAACGGGUUUACCGAGUGGAGAUGCAGCGUCUGGCUAAGCGUCAUGAAAGACCACGAUAUCGUCCUGACGCAUGGUGACUUCGACCCUCGCAACAUCCUUGUUCAGGGUGAUAAGGUCGUGUCAAUCUUGGAUUGGGAGAUGUCGGGCUACUAUCCCACUUACUGGGAAUACGGAAAGGCUUUGUUACGACCGGAGUGGGAGGGUGCGUGGAGCCGUAGCAAGGCUGUGGACAAGAUUCUGGAACCAUUCCACAAGGAGCUCGCGGUCAUGUGGUCCUCAAACGACGUCCUAUACUGAUAUGAUAGACAUCCUUUGUAUGUUUCAGAUUAUCUCCUAGACUCAUGUGGUGGGCUUGACGACUUCCCAGCCGACCUUUGAAGCGAUGAAAUUGCAGAUGUCAUCUAUUUCAUCGGGGAUCUUGAACCAGUGGCCUUGGUCAUCAUAGCAUUUCCACUCAACUUGAUACCCUGCAUUCUGCAGAA